AUGGAUAUGGAGCACCAAGAGAUCACUAACCCUGACAUCACUGAGAGCAACAACAACAAUGGUGGAGGACUUCUGAUCAAGCUCAAGAUGGCAAAGGCUGAACCCUUUUCGGAACAAGGUAAUCGAAAACCUGAAACCCUAGCUCCUAGAUUCACUAAAAUAUGUCAUAUCUGCCAGAAAGGGUUUGAGUCCGGGAAAGCUUUGGGAGGUCACAUGAGAAUGCAUGUCCAAGAGAGCAAGGGACUGAUCAAGAGCUCUUCGAAAUCUCCGAAGCCGAAUAGUGCCACUGAAUUAUUCAGUACUAGUGCUACUGAUUCAGGUGGUGAACAUGUUUGCAUAGAGUGUGGUAAGAUUUUUCCGUCGAAGAAAUCACUCUAUGGACACAUGAGGUCACACCCGGAUAGGCCUUAUAGGGGGAUUGAGCCUCCUACUCAGUUUUCCAAGAACAGCUCCACCUCAACUUUAUCUGAUGCUUUGCCUCAAAAACCCAAUUUAGCUGAGGAUCAGCAGAUUGAUUCUGCUGGGACAGCUCGAGUGUGGUUCGGGCCUAAUCCGAAAGCGGUACGUGAUCUGGUUAAGGUUGUGCCUAGCUGGUCUAAAACUGCGAAAAGAGGUAGGAAAGGUACUAGCAGUCUUGAUUCUGAAACCGACUCGGAGAGUGACGAUGAUGAUUGUGCUGAUGAUGAGGAUGAGGAGUUGGAUAUGAGUGAAGCAGUCCAUGAUCUGAUGAUGUUAGCUCAAGCCAAUCCAAAAGGAGCUGAGGAGGCCACUAACAGCAAUUUCAUGACCAAGAACAACCAGGAUCAUGAUGUCAAGGACAUAAGGGUAAUUGACUAUCUGGGUGUAGCCAAGAAGAGGAAGAAGCUUGAAAUUGAGGAGGAUGGGGAUCUAGAGAAGCCUAGGAAUCAAUUGGAGCUGGGAUUGGAUUUGAAAUAUGACAGUGAAGAGGAGCUAUCGGAUAGCGAAAACUCGGAGAGCAUUGUGCUUGCAAACAUGAUGAAGAGGAAGAAGAGGAGGAAGAUGAAAUUGGAAGACUUGGAUGGAGCAGUGGUUGUAGAUCAUCAACAUCAAAGCCAUCACCACAAGGUUUAUACUUGCAGUCUUUGCAACAAGUCAUUCCAAAGCCACCAAGCAUUGGGAGGACACAUGUCAAGCCACAACAAGCUCAAGAACAACAACAACAGCAACAACAUCCAGUACUCUGCGGAACACGAUCAUCAUCAUCAAUCUGGUUCUGAAGAUACUAAUAAUGCAAAUGCUAAUCUCACAAACACAGCCACUCAAAUUGACCAUGAUCAAGCUGAAAGUCACCAAUGCAGAAUCUGCAACAGGACUUUUCUAACAGGUCAAGCAUUGGGGGGUCACAUGAGGUCUCACUGGAACGGUCAAAAUGAUCAAGCUCAAUCAAGCCAGACCGGGCGCAAAGGCCUCGACAUUGACCUCAAUGAGCUUCCACCUAUGGAGUAUGAACAAGGUAUAGACUACUCUGGAGCUGGUUAUGCAACUUCUUCUUAUAAUUCAAUCAAUUUAAGUUAG